CUCCUAAGCCUGCCUCUUCUACCCACACCCCUGCUCAUCACAAAUUCACAAGAUAGAGAUCAAGAGAAGCAGAAGGCAAGCUCUCUAUCCCCCUUUCUCCGGCCUACUUGCAUUUGCACGUACGUACGUGUGUGUGGCAGUCCAGCGGAGAGGAGCUAGCUAGAGAGGUCGAUCUCUGUGUGUGUAUAUACUCGCUUCUCCCUUCCAUGGCGGCUUCCAUGAGUCAUCGUUGUCACAUGCUGCUGCUCUGCGUCGUCCUCCUCGCCGGCGCCGUCCGUGGCCACCCUUGGGGCGGCGGCCUGUUCCCGCAGUUCUACGACCACUCGUGUCCCAAGGCGAAGGAGAUCGUUAGGUCCGUCGUGGCGCAGGCCGUCGCCAGGGAGACCAGGAUGGCGGCGUCACUUGUCAGGCUGCAUUUCCAUGACUGCUUCGUCAAGGGCUGCGACGCUUCUGUGCUGCUGGACAACAGCAGCAGCAUCGUGAGCGAGAAAGGCUCCAACCCCAACAAGAACUCGCUUCGUGGCUUCGAGGUCGUGGACCAGAUCAAGGCCGCGCUGGAGGCCGCGUGCCCGGGCGUCGUCUCCUGCGCCGACAUCCUCGCCCUGGCCGCGCGCGACUCCACGGUGCUCGUCGGCGGUCCAUCCUGGGACGUGCCGCUGGGGCGGAGGGACUCGCUGGGCGCCAGCAUCCAGGGCUCCAACAACGACAUCCCGGCGCCCAACAACACGCUCCCCACCAUCGUCACCAAGUUCAGGCGCCAGGGCCUGGACGUCGCCGACGUCGUCGCGCUCUCCGGCGGCCACACCAUCGGCAUGUCCCGCUGCACCAGCUUCAGGCAGAGGCUCUACAACCAGACGGGCAACGGCAUGGCGGACGCCACGCUGGACGUCUCCUACGCGGCGCAGCUGAGGCGGGGAUGCCCGCGCUCCGGCGGCGACAACAACCUCUUCCCGCUCGACCUCGCCACCCCGGCCAGGUUCGACAACCUCUACUUCAAGAACAUCCUGGCCGGAAGGGGGCUGCUCAGCUCCGACGAGGUGCUGCUCACCAAGAGCGCCGAGACGGCGGCGCUCGUCAAGGCCUACGCCGCGGACGUCAACCUCUUCUUCCAGCACUUCGCGCAGUCGAUGGUGAAGAUGGGCAACAUCUCGCCGCUGACGGGGCCGCAGGGGGAGAUCAGGAAGAACUGCAGGAGGAUUAACGGCAACCAUUACUGAGGAACUGAUCGAUGAUUUAUUAUGUACAAUAUGCUCAUGAUGAGCUACAUAUAUUUCGUGUACGCGUACGUGCCAUGUUUUGUUUAAAUAAACAAGAACGGCUUAACGCCUGAUUGGGUUUUUUUUUAUAACAAUUCAAACCUUUUCAUUCA